AUGAACGGCGGUGCUCUGUCGUCGCUCGAGGGAUACACACUCAUCAGCCGAAUUGGAGAAGGCGCGUUCAGCACCGUGUACCAGGCACGCAACGAAAUUACCGGCGAGCACGUCGCCAUCAAAGCCAUCAGCAAGUCGGGCAUGACCGCGGUCCAGACCGCCAAUGUGCGCAAGGAGGUCGCAAUCAUGGAGUCGCUGCAGCACCCACGCAUCAUCAAGCUGCUUGAAUACCGCGAAGCACGCGACUACCACUACCUGAUCAUGGAGCUGGCACCGGGCGGCGAGAUGUUUGAGCGCGUCCUUGAGCUCACCUACCUGAGCGAGCGUCUAGCACGCCACGUCAUUAUCCAGGUGGCCGAAGCCGUCAAGCACAUGCACGCUAACGGCAUUGUCCAGCGCGACCUGAAGCUUGAGAACGUGGUCUUUGAGCCCAUGCCCAUUUUCCCGUCCAAUAUCGCUGAAAAGCAGCGCCAGGGCGAUACACGCCAGAAGAAGCCCGAGGGUGCAUUUAUUCCUGGUGUUGGUGCUGGUGGAAUCGGACGGGUCAAGCUGAUCGACUUUGGGCUCAGCAAAGUGGUGUGGAACCAGGCAACACGUACACCAUGCGGAACUACGGGCUAUGCGGCGCCUGAGAUUGUGCGCGACGAGAUGUACACGAAAUCCGUCGACAUGUGGGGGCUGGGCUGUAUGCUGUACGCAAUGAUUUGCGGCUUCCCGCCCUUCUACGACGAGGACGUUAAGGUGCUGACUCGCAAGGUUGCAAUGGGCCAGUACGAGUUUCUGUCGCCGUGGUGGGACGAUGUCAACCCGAUGGUUAAGCACUUGAUCAAGAACCUGCUGGAGCUCGACCCACGCCGCCGUUACACUAUCGACGACUUCAUGAACCAUCCGUGG